AUUCAGUUGCCAACCUUAGAAGAUACAACAUGUACGCCAAGCUGAUCAUCGCUCUAUGCGCCGUGAGCGCGGCUCGCGCCGGCGGUCUCCUGGGAGCAGCCCCCGUAGCGUACAGCAGCCACGCCAUCGCCGCCCCCGUGGCGUACAGCAGCCACGCCAUCGCCGCCCCCGCGGUAGCCGCAUAUGCGGCCCCCGCUGUGGUCACCAAGACCAUCGCGCCUGCCGUCUCUUCUUACUCCUCCUACUCCACUCAGACCGCUCAUGGUUCUCCCGUCGCCGCCUAUGCUGCCGCUCCAGUAGCCACUUACGCUGCCGCCCCCGUUGCAAGCUACGCCGCCGCACCUGUUGUCGCUAAGACCUACGCCGCCCCCGCUGUGGCUACUUAUGCCGCUGCCCCCGCAGUGGUGACUAAGACCAUCGCUCCCGCUGUCUCUUCGUACUCCUCAUACUCCACCACCACAUCUCACGGAUCCCCCAUCGCUACCUACGCAGCUGCUCCAGUUGUUGCCAAAACCAUCGCUGCCCCCGCCGUAGCCACUUACGCCGCUGCCCCCGCCGUGGCUACUUACGCCGCUGCCCCAGUGAUCGCUAAGUCCUACGCCGCACCCGCCGUGGCUGCUUACGCCGCUCCCGCUGUAGCGUCAUACUCCGCUCCUUUGAUUGCCAAGUCUUACGCUGCCCCCGCAGUAGCGACUUACGCAGCAGCCGCGCCCGUCUUGAAAUCAGCUGUGGCGUACUCUGCCGCGCCCGCUGUCGCUCACGUAGCUUACAACGGACUCGGUGCCAACUAUGGCUGGUAAACUGAAUCUAGUCCUUUUUUGUAAAUAGAUAACGAAAGCAUUUUAUAUGUGAUCAAUACAUAUGUGAUAAAAAUAUGAAACAAUUAAAUAUUUAUCG